UAUUAAAACAAUGAUGUAUUAUCAAAAUGUCUGACUUAAAUGAUGAUUUAUUGAAUUAUGACAUAGGAGAUGUUAUUGAUGAUCAAGUUUUAUAUGGAGCAGAUGAGGAUGAACUAUUGCUAUCGGAUGACGAAUUAGAAAAGAAUGUUUCCAAAGAAAUAAAAAAGCAAUUGAAAUCUGAAGCAGAGGAAUGGGUUAAAACUAAAUUUUCUGAACAAGAAACCUUGCAAAGAGAUGUCCCUUCUGCUACUCUUAUUCCCAAUAAGCAAAUGGUAGAUAGUAGAGAAACUGCUGUUAUUAAUACCAAUUUGGUCUCCGAUGAUACAGUCAAUGUUGCAGAAAUUUCAAAUGCUCUAACCUCUGCAAGUAAUACAGAAAUUGCAGACGGUAAGGAACAUAAAUCGUUAGAAGAAGAACCAAUAAAACCAAAUGUUAAAAAAGUGUUGCUAGAAACUCCGUUAAUGCCAUUAACAGAUGAAAAGGAGUUUAAAAAUACCACGAUUAUUGCAGAAAAUGUGGAACACAAUUUCAAGAAUAUAACAACACAACAGUUAACUGGUGUUCAAACAAUCAAUUCUGGCAAUAGCAGUGUAGCGGAUCCCGUUGUUUCUACAGCUGGUGCACAAAGUAGCCAAGAAAGUUGUAACGUAAUAAUGAGUCAUGGUGAUUUAUCAGAUCCUCGAGAAGAUUAUGAAGACGAACGCGAGGAACGUACUAAUAUAAAAAUUACAAGUGAACGUAUAGUUAUUGAGGAUUUAAAUAGUGAACAGUCGUCACCAGAAAAACUUCACGGCGGCCGUUUUAUUCCUUACCAGAAGCGCAAUGGUGCCCCUCUGUUGCGUGGUCAUCCUUUGCGUAAUCCUGCUCCUCCUUAUCAUCCUACACAACGUCCAUUGUUACGUUUUCCGUCGCACGGUAAUUUACCUUUACUUCCAUCAGCCGCUUCUCCUUUUUUAGCGACUGUUUCUUUAGCACAUUCGACCAAUAAUCCACUUAUUCCAGGUCAUCCAUUUCCACCACCAUCACCUGCGCCUAAUAAUAAUACUAAUAAUCCCUAUGCACCGCAACCUCCCCCUACUCCCACCUCAUUAGCAACAAACACAUCACAUGGGCCCUUACAUCCGGUACCACCUCAUGACCCUCAACAUGCGCAGCAGCGACCACGUCCUCCUUUUGGUUUUCGACCUGGAAUGGGACCGAUGACUUCAUUUCGUCAUCCUAACCCAGCUGCUAUGUAUUCUCAAGUACCCCAUGAGUAUAGCGGCAACGUUCAGCCAGUCGGCUUUAAUCACAGUUUCGGUGCGCCAGUCAGGAACAUGUUUCGUCCUGACGCUGCGUUAGGUCCACCGGGUAUGCGUCCAGGAAUGCGUAUGCAACGACCGCCUUUGCAGGCUUUACCGCCCCAUGCAAUGCAAAAUGUCCCUGGAAAUUAUAUGAACGCUCCUCCUCAAGCAAUGCGUGCUCCUAAUACAGUACCGGGACCCCAACCAACAAAUCAAAUUGCCUCCCUAGGGCCGACCCAAACGACUGCUAAUUCUCAGCACCCUGUCGGUCAAUUACCGGCCGGCGGUCUUGCACCGAGUGCUGCUGGUCCAUUGGCACCUCGUAAAGUUCUAAUAAAUCCCAAUUUUAAAGGCGGAGUAGAAGCGGCCACUAGCAAAUUUAUUCAGGAAACACAAUUCAUGAAUGCCAUUAGUAGCCAUGUACCGGCGUUGCAAAGUGAUGAGGAAUUAUUACGUCAACAAGAGGAAUUCAUUAAUAAAAAUCGUGAGCAUAUCGAGAAACGACGACAUGGUAAAAUUCCUUCACCUUCUCGACGGAAUUCACGUAGCCGUUCACGUUCACGCACACGCUCACAUUCACGAGAACGAAGUUAUUCACCACCAAAGCGUAGCACUAACGGUGCCACCAGUAUGAGCAAUAGCGGUUACGGCGGAGGCACCCGUAACGAUCGUGAUCGUUUUGACCGAGAACGGGACCGCGAGCGAGAUCGCGAAAGGGAACGUGAGCGUGAUAGAGACCGUGAACGUGAACGGGAUCGGGAACGGUUUGGUAUGGGAAGUGAUAGCCGUUUAGGACGAGCAAAUAGCCGUGAGCGGGAGCGUGAUCGCGAUAGAGAACGUGAUCGCGAUCGUCCUUCAGGUGGCUAUAGUGUUAAUCGGCCCGGUAGUAAUCGUUUUCGUCGGGGAAAUAGUCGUGAUCGUGACUAUGAAAGUCGAAGCAGUGGCAACAACUACUCUAAACGUCGCCGAAGCCUUUCACCAUCACCUCAUAAUAAUCGCAGUAGUGGUGGUGGUUCCAUGGGCAGUCGAGGUCGCAAUAAUGAACGUGACAAGUCGGAGAUGGAAGAAGAUGAAGAGACCCGUGCCUAUCGUUUGCAAAUUGAAAAACAAAAGGCUUUACGUGAACAAAUAAUGCGUGAUAAGGAAAUGAAACGACGACGAGCAGCUGAAGAAAAACAACAUGAGGAAAAACGCAAUGAUCAGCAACCACAAGUGCAACAGCAAAUGCCACAACAGCAGCAGCAGCAGCAGAAUACAAUGCAACAUCAGCAGCAACAACAACAACAACAACAACAAACGCAGUCUAAACUAAAAGAGGUGGUGAUAUCGGAACGUAAGAUAAUAUCAUUGAAAAAGCGUCCAGCACAACAUAACAAUGACAUGAUCGAUGCAGAACGAAAAACACCACCAACACCAACACGGCAGCAACGUAAAACCGUGCCCACAGCAAAAAUAUUACCCGAAGCUAAGAGGACGUUAACUGAACAUUUGACAAAUAGUAAUAGCGCAUCAAGUGGAAGCGGAAAUAUAAGCGCUAAUACGGCUAUUAUCAAGCCGGUUAUUAAAAGAGAUACUGCUACGGCUACAGUGGCGCCCAUUAAACAACACGAGCCGCGACGCGGCUCAACGCAAAGUGAAGAUGAAGUGCAGCUGGACUAUGAUGAAGACGAUUUAUUGUUGGAUGAGGAAGAUAUGUUGUUGGCCUCACCCGAUCCAACGCCACCACGUCCACCAAUGAGACGUGCUCUAGACGAGUCACGCACUCCUUCACCCGAAUCAUUAGCCAUCGUUAAAAAUCGCAAAAUGCAAGCGGCCACACAAAAUCGCAGCAGCGGUGGGAGUAGCAGCCAAAAUGUACAAAAGUCAGGUUUAAGUUCUAGUAACCGCCGUGUCGUAUUGAAGACGACAUCCACAUCAUCUUCUUCCUCGAGCAGGACUAGAGAUGUAGGUUCCUCGUCAUCAUCUUCUACAGCACAUAACAGCAACAGUAGCAGUAGCUCACGUAAAACUUACAUAUUCGAACGUCUAGAUGCACGUAACAGCAGCGGUAAAAUGCACAGCUCACCGUCAACGUCAUCCUCUACGACUAAUAGCGCAAGUGGUGGUAGCAGCAGCAGUCAAGGCACUAGCGCGGGCUCAUCAAAUGACUACAAACGUAGGACCCAGCGUAUUGUACUCAAACAUGAUUAAAUUUAUUGCAAAAUAGUGUAUGAACACAUAUGCACACAGCGUCGAUCUAAUCAAACAUUUUGAAUACUUGGUGCAAAAAAGAAAAAAACAUACUUCACAUAGUACGCUAACGUCUUUUAUAUGUGUAUGCGUGUGCAUGUGUGUAUCUAUAUAUAUAUAUAUAUAUAUGUAUGAGCGCUAUACUAAAAAAAAAGAAAAAUUAAUUCCUUUUUAAUGAUUUUUGAACUAAACAAACGAGCCCAUAACUCUCUUAGUUUAAUGAAAAAUUCUGUGAAAAUGUUAUUUUUUUUGUUAUUCUUUUUUUUUUUUUUUUUUUUUUUUUCUAAAUCAUUGAACUUCUAUCCCAUCAACUUAAUUCAGACUUGGAGUAAAAUUUCUGAAAACUUUAUCAUUUAUAUUAAGAAAGUGUGUACUACGUAGGCAUAGUCACAUGCAUGUGGACGGAGUAUAGGCUUCUUUUCACAGUAAUAUAUUUUACGUAAAAAUAUAUUAGCAAAGAAAGAAAGGAAAAAAGAAAAUUUUUUUUUCCAAGAAAUCGUACUUUAUUGAAAAGUUAGAUUUUAAAAGGUUAACUUUUCCCAUAUUCAGUACACACACAUAUUUUUAAUUACGUUUUAUUAUUUGGUUCAUUUAAAGUGACUUACACCGGAAGAAAUGUGUAAAAAAGAAAAUUUUUAAGAAAAAAAAUGGAAAUGUGAGAGAAGGCAACCAACCAAUCAUUAAGUAACUGCUAUUGACUUGUUUCGGAAAUCGCAAAACAUACUCAAGGCGAUUAAGUUCGAACAACUACUUUCAUGUCUUUAUUGUACAACUUGUUAAAUAAAGCAGCACACUCUGCUUUCCUUCGAUUCAUCCAAAAAUGAAUUAUUGACGGUCUCCUCAAUACUGAUUAAAAAAAACUGUUCAUGCAACGACUGCAAGCACGACUUUACCUAUAAGCAUUGAGUGCUUAAGCAUCAAGUACGUUGAACUUCAACGUGGUAAUUGAUAAUGGGCACUUUCUAGUAUCUGCUCUGGAAAAACCGGCUACGAUUUCAUUAGUUGAUUUCAUUUUCCGUUACAUAUGUUCCGUAAUUAAGUCAAAAAUGAAAAUAUUCACCAUUUUCGACACACUUACACAUUUUAAUAUGCCGCUAAGUAAUAAUUCAUAUCUAUCUUCGUUAAGCCCUGUUGCCAUCAGUUUCGAAAUUUGAAAAACUGAAAGAGGGGAAUUCAAUAGUUCGCCAUAUUUAUUAGUAACGGAUUGACGGGUUCACUUAAAACUUGCAGACGACCAAACGAUUUACAAAAAUUCUCAAUUUUAAGACAUCAACAGAAGAAAUAUGAAUAUCAGGAAGAAAUUCUAUGUAAAAUUUUCAUUUUUUCAAAAUUUUGAUGAAAAUGAACAAUGAACUUCAUUCGAAUCAAUUGAACGAUAAUGAGUACUUAAACAAAUAUGACGGUUCGACACCGCGGCCAUUAUUUUAUACUUAAAUAAUUUUCUAUGCUAUGCAAAUAGGAUCAAAAGCAUUUAAUUAAGUUAAAUUAAAAAAAUAAUAGAAAUUUUCUCAAUAAUGUUUAUAGUUUUCAGAAGAAUAUAUUAAAAAUUUAGCAAGGUGGAAGCCUACAAAUAAUUCGUAGCCGUACUUUGAAAAUUUCAAAACACGAAUACUGAAACUGUUUUGUGCAUAUAGAGUUCAUAAUAUCACUACUGCUCCUCAAAAGCAGUCGAAAAUUUUGCAGGAAUUUUUGUCUAAAACUUCCAAACUAUGACGGAUAUAUGAAUUACAAAAACACUUGCCUGGUUCAUAUUUAAAGUUGAUCAUGAAAUGAAUAAAGCAUAAAGAAAAAGAGUGUUUACAAUAUUUUAUGGUAUUCUGUAUAUACAUACAUAACAUAUUGAUGUAAAUUCAAUCUCAAUAUUUUUGAAAUUUCUAAAUUCAUCAAUGGAAGAGUAAAAUAUAAUGAUCUUAUUAUUUUCUUUGUAAUACUAGUAGAGAGGGAGAGAGAUAGAGAGAGACAGAAAGAAAGAAAGAGUGAGAGAGAGAGAGAAAAAGGGUGGGGAAGAAUUAUUACAUGUCGCUUGCAAUUUCGAGUGAUGUAAGAAAUUUAUUGUAAUCUGUUUGUAGUCUGUUCUUUAUCCAUAUUCUACGUUAGCCUGAGACUCUGUCUGACUCGAUGUAUUUAGUUCGUUCUGCCGCGAUAUUCUUUCCUCCGCGGAAAAUAAUUUCUAUAAUUUUUUAUUCAUAUUGCUGUAGCUGCAGUUUGGGUCAAUGGUAAUUUGGCAUUGAUAUUUCAUAAUGGGUUUUAUGGCGCCAUUAUUUUGGGAAAUAUAAUGAGCAAAUCAGUCAUUUUGAUGCGAUCCGAUAAUAGGUGAAAUAAUAAAGUCAAUUAAUUAGUUAACUGUGUAUGACGAAUGUAUAUGUCAUAUUCCGUCCAUCCGUCCUUGCCGGAUUUGCUCAUCAAAUUUUAUUAUUAUGAAUAAUGUGUACUUGCCCUAAUAAUGUCAUGUAAUGUAAUGCAUGUCAUUUUGUCAAACUAUUUCCUUACAAACUAAUUUCAUAUUACAUGCUAUAUAUGUAUUUAUAUGAGAACGAGCGUACAUGCAAUAUCUGUGAGGUCAUAUUUGUCGUAUUUCUAAGUAGCCAAAAUCUUUUAGAAACAUCUUCUCCAGAAUUUCCCUCAAACUUUCGAAAGGUGAGAAAGAAAAAAAAAUUAAUUUAGGGGGAGACUGCAUAGAAAGAUAAAAUAAGAAUGAGAAAUCAAGCGCCCUUCCUUUCGAAAUUCAUUCAAGACAUUUUGAAUGGUAUAAUGGACUUGAUGCAAAACUUUUAACUUGACUUCAAGUAGAGUAAGUGUUAAAUAUUGAAAUUACUCUCUUUCUCUCUCUCUCUCUCUCUCUCUCUCUCUCUCUCUCUCUCUUUCCCUCUCUCUGAUCUUGAUGUUAAAUUAACUAAGGCACACUUAAAGGUAAUGUAAGGUGACUACAAGCAAAUGAAAAUAAUUUUGAUUUAAAAUUCAGGUUAAUUUGUACGACUUUGAAAACAUUUUCUAAUCGACUUAAAAUCUAAUGCUGACUCGAAGAACUUGAAUACAUGUCCUUAUGAUAAGAUGUAAAUUUCAUCGAAAUGAAAUUAUCACUUAGGUUGCGGGUAGAGAAUUGCAAAAAAAAAAAAAAAGAAAGGAGAAUUAAAUAUGAAAAAGUGUUCGUUGAAUUGUAGAGAGGGUCGUAAAGUUCAGGACACGAUUUCCAAUUUUUUCUCUUAAGAUUUUCUUUUAUUCUUUUUUUUUUUUAUAUAUAUACUAUUAUUAUUUUUU